AAAAGAAAAAGGUCCAAAUCCAAACCAAAGAGUUCACACACACUCACUCUCACAAACUACAAACAGUCCGUACACUACUAGUUUCAGAGAGGGAGAGAGAAUAACUCAAAGAAAAAAGAGAAACAAAAGGGACAACAUUACCAUUUCCCGCAUCUCCUCCUCUUCCUCCUCCCUCCCUUCUUUCUGUUUUUUCUGAUCACACUGACAACAGCCCAAAAAAAAAAAAAACAACCCCAUUAUUUCCUAAAUAUCUUCUACAAUUAUAUUCGACCUCAAUUCUUUGAGGAAGUGUAAAUCAUCCCUUCUUUUUUCACUAUUUAACCUUUUUUUUCUCUGUUUUGUGUAGAAUCAUUUGUAAAAAAAAAGCAGCCUUUUUUCUGGAUUCUUCAGUGAAAAAGAGUAAGAAAAAUGGAGCUGUACGGAAGAAAUCAGGGUUCGGAGGUGGAUCCGCCAGCUGAAUGGGGUGAAACUGGACUCGAAGAGUCCAUGUGGAGGCUGGGUCUUUCGGGCCGGGAGACAUACCCGGAGCGGCCCGGAGUAUCUGACUGUGUCUACUACAUGCGUACCGGGUUCUGUGGGUUCGGUACCCGGUGCCGUUACAAUCACCCUCAUGAUCGUGCCGCGGCUGUAGCGGCUGCAAGAUUGGUUGGAGGGGAGUACCCUGAACGUCCUGGUGAGCCUGUAUGUCAGUAUUUUUUAAAGACUGGAACUUGUAAAUUUGGUACUACAUGCAAGUUCAAUCAUCCGCGAAAUGCUGGUGGAUCAUUGACUAAUGCUCCGCUAAAUAUCCAAGGUUUUCCAUUACGACCGGGUGAGAAAGAAUGCUCCUACUAUUUGAAAACGGGGCAGUGCAAAUUUGGGAUAACUUGUAAAUUCCAUCAUCCUCAACCAGCUGGCAUGUCAAUGCCUGCAGCUGCACCUCCAUUUUAUCCGACGGUGCAGUCUCCUUCAGUUCCUAUACCUGAAACAGCAGCAGGGUCGUCCCCCAAUUAUAGGGUAGCUAGGCCCCCUCUUGUACCUGGUUCGUAUGUUCCAGGGUCUUAUGGUCCUGUGCUUCUUUCUCCUGGAGUUGUUCCCUUGCCAGGCUGGGGUUCCUAUUCAGGACCUUUAAGCCCUGUGUUAUCGCCUGGUGGUCAACCUACUGCUGGAGGUUCUGUAUAUGGAGUAUCCUCACUAUCACCUUCUACACCUGGUCUAGCGGGAUCUUAUCCUUCUCUACUGUCGUCUGAUGGGCAGUCGAUCACUGGUACCACAGAACAUAAGUUUCCGGAGAGACCAGGUGAACCUGAGUGUCAGUACUUUUUGAAAACAGGGAACUGUAAAUUUGGUGGCUCUUGUAGAUAUCAUCAUCCACCAGACGGGGGUGCGUCUGCUGCUGCUUGUUUUCUGGGACCUCUAGGUCUGCCCUUACGUCCGGGAACACAGCCUUGCACCUUCUAUAUGCAACAUGGAUAUUGCAAAUUUGGGCCCACAUGUAAGUUUGAUCACCCAGUGGGUAUGAUGAAAUAUAGUCCAUCAGCUUCAUCUCUCACUGAGACACCAGUUGCUCCCUAUUUGGCUGGAUCUUCAAUAGUUACUUUGCCUCAUUCAUCAUCUUCCACAGAGCUCCUAUCGGAAUAUGCUUUAGGGUCUCCUGGGGAUACUCAAUCAAAUAGGACACCAUCUUCUGGUAGCACUUCUGUUGGUUUGACGGUGAUUCAGACAACUACUAACGUUCAACGGUCUGGUCAAGGUCCUGUACUACUGAGCAGUAGCAUAAGCAUGGUAGAAGAUGAUGAAGCCAAUCAUUCAAGCUAAAUUAUAUUUUGGAGCCACUCUUUUAUGUUCAAGACCUUGAAAAGCAGAAGAUGCCAUCAAUCUUUGUUAUAUUACUUCAUAUCGUAAAUAGCUUGCAAGUCAUCUCUCCAAAGUGACUUCUAUUGUUAUCAAGUUCAAGUAUCUACACCCUAUAGAUUACCUCCCACUUCAGAACUUGAAUAUAAUCUUACUGUUUAUAAUAGCUCUAUAUAUGCUCGGAACUCAUAAUGCAGAAUAAUGAUGUUAGCAAAUAGCUGUGGACUCGUGUCCUUACUACUUGGUAAUAAUUGAAGGGAAGCAUGCUCUGUAGCCCUUUGAGCUAUGCUUCCCCGUGAGACACUGUAUGUAUAUAUAGGUACUCAAUUUAUCAGCGACUGCUUUUGUAAAUGUUGUUACUCUUGUGAAGUUUAUUUUGUGGCU